GAGGGAGGGGCCAGGCGGGGCAAAAGGGGAGCCACCAGGAGGGAAGGAGCCUCGUCUUCUCCCGGCUCCAGAGACCCACAGAGGCAGAGGGAGCUCUCCUCCGUCCCUCCGCCUGCCUUCUUUCCCGGCCGCCUUCCCUCCUGCCUUCCUUUCGGGGGUCCCUCCCGGCCGAGCCCCUGCCCUGCCUGCCUCCUUCCCGCCGCCAUGCCGCCCAACUUCUCCGGCAGCUGGAAGAUGAAGAGCUCCGAGAACUUCGAGGAGCUGCUGAAGGCGCUGGGGGUCAAUGUGAUGCUCCGGAAGAUCGCGGUGGCCGCUGCCUCCAAGCCCGCCGUGGAGAUCAAGCAGGAGGGGGAGGCCUUCUACAUCAAGACCUCCACCACUGUCCGCACCACCGAGAUCCACUUCAAGAUUGGGGAGGAGUUUGAGGAGCAGACGGUGGACGGCAGGCCCUGCAAGAGCCUGGCCCGGUGGGAGAGCGACAACAAGAUUGUGUGUGAGCAGCGGCUGCUGAAGGGCGAGGGGCCCAAGACCGGCUGGACCCGAGAGAUGACCAACGACGGGGAGCUCAUCCUGACUAUGACUGCCGACAAUGUUGUCUGCACCAGGAUUUACGUCCGGGAGUGAGAGGCCGUCGGGGGGGGAGAUGGAGGGGGUGCAGGAGCCAGACCCCCAACUCAGCCACAGAGGGAGCCUCUGGCCAGCAGCUCUCCCCCACUGUCCAUCUCUCUGUCCAUGCUCAGAGGCUCUGCAUCCCGCAAGACUUAAGGGAGCAGCUUGUCUCCUGGCUGUUCAUAACAUUCCCUUAUCCCAUUGUGGAUGGGGGGAAGAAGCCCCUUCUCUCCUGGCACUCCCCUCACUGCCCCCCAGGCCGGCCAGACCCCCAGCUGCCUCCCAGGGUCCUUGACCAGCUGACCUCUGCCCUCUGAAAGAAGACACCCCACUCGCACACUCACACAGAGACACAGAUGUGCCGAGCAUCCUUCUUUGGGGGAAUAUGGGCUCAGAUGUGGGGGGCUCACCAAGGAGACCCCCGUCCUGGAUUGUUGCGUCCUUCCUUUUCUGCUGGAGGUGUGUGUUGGGCACCUCUCCAGUCCGUCCAGUUCCUAAAGUGGCUGCAGCUGGUCUCCUCAGUGGAGGAGGGGGCUGGGUGACCUUUUUGGCUGAGGGUCCUUUAAAAUGGGGUACAAAGCCAGAGGCACAUCUGGGUUAUUUUGCCGUCCAGAAGGAGCCUGGGGCCCCCUUAUCCCCCCCUCUGCUCCUGUAGCAUAAGAAAAACAGAGAGAGGGUCACUCGCACCCCACCCCAAAGGUCUCCCCCACUUUCCCUAAAGCUUCUGCCUUCGCUUUGGAAGUAUUUAUUUGCUCCUUGUGUAACAAAGACCAAAAAAAGGAAGCCCCCCCCCCCCCCCCCCCACUAGUGGCCUCCUUCAUGUUCAUCUGCCGCCUUUUGGCUAAUAAAUGUCUU